CCGUACGACUUCAACGUAUAUAUAAUGUAAAACUAUCAGGACACCCCAGAUAAGCUCUAUCCGAUGACUGCGAUGUCGAUUCACGUCCCACUCCCAGUCCCGACUCACUCGCAUGAGACUGUACCACCUUCAGCACUUUCCGAGAAGAAGCAAACUUUAUAUGACUGUGUCCUCGAACACUUCACUGCCGUAGACUAUAAACUUCCAAAUGUCAACCAGGAGAAGGCUGCACUGACGGUGGAUGAAAAGUUUUGGCUGUCAUAUGAAUGUCUUCUGAGAUAUCUACGUGCUACCAACUGGAAUGCAGAUGUAGCCAUAAAGCGCUUAGAAGAUACGCUCAAGUGGAGACGUGAAUUCGGGAUCUACGACAAAAUCACAGCUGAAUAUAUUGAACCAGAGGCAACUACCGGCAAAGAGUUUCUUUUUGGCUAUGAUACUCACGGACGACCUGCAAUCUAUGUGAGCCCCUUAAAAGUGGGUGUCGAAGAGUCGCCCCGCACAAUCCAGCUCACCGUCUGGAUGGCCGAACGCGCUUUUGACCUCAUGGGUCCAGGUGUCGAGACCCUUGCGGUGUUGGUGGGUUAUGCAGACAACAUCAAGACCCCGUCAUUUGGCAUGUGCCGCACAACACUCGACAUCAUUCAAACACACUAUCCAGAACGCCUCGGCCUUGCGCUCAUUGCACAUCUUCCCUGGUUUUUGAACGCACUUAUUACACUACUCACGCCAUUCAUGGAUUCACACACUCGGCAGAAGUUGGUCUUCAACCCUGUCAUCAACAAGAAUGGUCUGUUUAGGACAGCUGCUGAUGCGGAAGCUUGGAAUGCCGACAGCACAUCACGAGUAUUCGAGCCGGACCAGCUUAUCCAGGAGGGUUGGAAUGGCUUGCAACCAUUUACGUAUUCCCAUUGCGUGUAUUGGGAAGCGCUUGUGAAGCUAUGCGAGGAGAGGCGCUCUAGGAUGUUCGUGGUGUGGCAUCGCAUGGGUGGGAAAGUUGGUAUUAAGGAAUGGGACGUUAAGGUUGCUGUCAGAGACGAGACGACCGAGGCGCAUGUAGAUGAGGAUGGAGCAUUGAUGGAGAAUGGCCAGCUUCAGUCGUGAGGAAGUCACAGCCAAGCAUUCGUUGUCGAUUAUUUCCUUUUUGACGUGCUAACGUAGAUAGAAUCUAUACGCCUCUAUUUUGCUUUAGGAUCUGUCGAUCAUGGCUAAAUUGAAGGUCAACUCAAAUUACAGGAUGUCAGUACCAAUCCAUCAUGUUAAAAACUUCCCACUGGUUCCAGUCUCAUCUGCGCUAUGACGUAAUGUAGGAAUGAUAACGCAAUAUAUGAGUACUGUGUAAAGCGAAGACGUACAGUCAUUGACGCUUCAAGUUUCAAGGUUGCU